AAUUAAAGGUGUCAAAACUUAUGGGAAAACGGAAUUAACUAAUUAACUAACCAAGUUAACGACGACGGAAAAGUUGAAAAACACGACGCUCCUCUGUUUACUGUUACCCUCUCAGAUUAGCUUCUUCCUCUUCUUCUCCUUCUACAGUUUUUCUCCCUGCAACAACGACGCGGGUUUUGGAUUUUCCCCAUCCUGAAAACGCAGACGUUUUGCUCUCUCUCUCUCUCUCUCUCUCUCUCUCUCUCUCUCUCUCUCUCUCAAAUUACAGGCCGCUCGAUUCGUAUCACAAUUUUCAGUAAUUCGAUCAUAUUCUGAAGGCUUAUCGGGUGUGCUCUGUAACUAGUUUGGUGUUGGACAUCAAGAUGGGAUCUUGCGCGAGCAAGGGUAAAACUAAAGAAGACGAUUAUGAAGAUAAAAUUGAGUUUACUGGUGCGAAUGUGCACCUCAUCACCACUACCGAAGCUUGGGAUCAAAAGAUGGAAGAAGCAAAAAAGGAUGGCAAAGUUGUGAUUGCAAACUUCAGUGCAACAUGGUGUGGUCCUUGCAAAAUAAUUGCACCGCUAUACCGCGAGUUAUCCGAGCAAUACACUUCUCUAAUGUUCCUUGUGGUCGAUGUUGAUGAAUUGACUGACUUCAGCACUUCAUGGGACAUCAAAGCCACUCCUACUUUCUUCUUCCUUCGGGAUGGGCAGCAAAUCGACAAGCUGGUGGGUGCCAACAAGCCAGAGUUGCAGAAGAAGAUAGUUUCCGUUGUAGAGUCGAUUGAAACGUGUGAAAAAUAGUGGUUUCUAUGUAUUUUGCAAGAUUGUUCACUACCUCCCUUUACAUGUCGUGGGUUGCUGGAUAUGCUUGGCGUGAUUUUUUUUUUUUUUUUUUGGAUUGUAAAUACGACCAAUCGUAAACAUCUUUCGAGAUUGAAAAUCUAAGGGGAUGUGUUUGAGAUAUUUUAAUAGAUUUAUAAAUCUAUGAAUUUUUA